UCCUUGAGUCCCGCAUGACGUCACCAAGCCUCCCUCGCUCCUCGGUGGGGAAAACGUGGAGAGCGUCACUUCACUUCGCGGUGUGUUGUGGAUUUCCCGUCAAAAAUAACUUCAACCUCGUUGGAGCUACACCAAGAUCCACUGACAUACACUGAGCUGUUGAGGUGACAAGGAUGGAGUACAUGCAAGCUCCAGCCACAAGCAGCCAGGGGAAUAUCCUGUGCUGUACCUGUGGCGUCCCCAUUCCUCCCAACCCAGCCAACAUGUGUGUGGCCUGCCUGCGUACUCAGGUAGACAUCUCAGAGGGAAUCCCCAAGCAAGUCACAGUGCACUUCUGCAAGCAGUGCGAAAGGUACUUGCAGCCUCCAGCCUCCUGGGUGCAGUGUGCCCUGGAGUCCAGGGAACUGCUGGCCCUUUGCCUGAAAAAAAUCAAGAGCUCUAUGACCAAAGUGCGUCUCAUUGAUGCCGGCUUCCUGUGGACAGAGCCACACUCAAAAAGGAUUAAGAUGAAAGUGACCAUCCAGAAAGAGGUGAUGAAUGGCGCUAUCUUACAGCAGGUGUUUGUGGUCGAGUUUGUCAUCCAGUACCAGAUGUGUGACGACUGCCACCGUGUGGAAGCCAAGGACUUCUGGAAGGCCGUGGUUCAAGUUAGGCAGAAGACCGUUCAUAAAAAGACAUUCUACUAUCUAGAGCAGCUGAUCCUCAAGCAUAAACUCCACCAGAAUGCCCUCAACAUCAAAGAAAUCCAUGACGGGAUCGAUUUCUACUAUGGCUCCAAGCAGCACGCACAGAAGAUGGUCGACUUCCUCCAGUGCACUGUGCCCUGCAGGUCAAAGACAUCCCAGCGCCUGAUCUCUCAUGACAUCCAUUCAAACACGUACAACUAUAAGAGCACCUUCUCUAUGGAGAUCGUACCCGUCUGCAAGGACAACGUAGUGUGCCUUUCACCACGGCUGGCUCAGAGCCUGGGGAACAUGGGUCAAGUGUGUGUGUGCGUCCGUGUCACCAGCACCAUCCACCUCAUCGAUCCCAACACCCUGCAGAUUGCUGAGGUGGAUGGGAACACAUACUGGCGCAACCCCUUCAACAGUCUCUGUAACCCACGGCAACUGGAAGAGUUCAUCGUUAUGGACACUGACGUCAUCAGAGACCAGAAGCUGGGUGCUGGAGCCGGCAUGAGGUCCAAUAAGCACACCCUGGCUGAGGUGUGGGUUCAGAAAACAUCAGAGAUGAACACCAGUCAGCAGUAUCACUGCCGUACAUUCCUGGGCCACCUGCUCAACAUCGGAGACCUGGUGCUGGGGUUUGACUUUGCCAAUUCUAACGUCAACGAUGAAUACCUGAAUAAGAUGAAUCCUCACCACGUUCCUGAUGUGGUGCUGAUCAAGAAGAGCUAUGACCGCAACAGGAGGGCGAAGCGCAGGAACUGGAAACUGCAGGAGAUGGACAAAGACCGCGAGGGCAUGGAUACGGAUGAUGAGAGACAAUACCAGGACUUCCUGGAGGACCUGGAGGAGGAUGAGGCUCUGAGGAAGAAUGUUAACAUCUACAGAGAUGCGUCAAAGAUCCCAGUGGAGAGCGACACCGAUGAUGACGGAGCACCACGUAUCUCCCUGGUGGAGAUGCUGGAGGAGCUCAGCCUAACUGAUGCCACAGGAGAAGAGGGCGCUGACAUGAUGACAGACUAGGCGGUUGCCAUCCUGCCUUUGUGACGCUGACAGCUGAUCUGUCAAAUACAACACUGAGCUGAGGCCUCCCAUUUUGAACUGACAGCAUGUUGAGGACGGAUCCAACAAAUAAUGUGUUAUACUGAACAAAAUCCACAGCUCAUCAGACUGUGGUGUAAUGACUCAUUACAGUUAAAACCCAUAAACUGUGGGUUAUAAUGGUGCCACAUAGUAACAAAUACAGUUCUGCUGAGAGACUUUCAGUUGUUUAAACUGAUCAUUCACCUCAUCUUCACAGUGGGCCUACAACAUUUAGAUUUUCAGCUAUUUGUAAAAUGCUCUUUCCCCCUUUUCAUUUAAAAUUUGAAGUGAUGUGGAAACGAGAGUGCUACUAGUUCACUAUAUAUCAAAAUAAAUAUUUGUCCUAAUGAA